AUGUCAGACCUGGAGCAGCAACAAGCAGUGCCUGAACAAAUUGACAGUGCUGGCCCGAAUCAAGAGGCAUCCCCGACGGAUCAGCCCUUGGAGGGCCUCUUUGAAUUCCCAACCUCCUACCAGGAGAUGUUUAAGUUUUUCUGCACUCACAGCACGAUCCAUGGCGCCCUCCGUUUGAUCUGUCCUGCUGAGAACAAGAUGAAGACGACUUUCUGGAUAGUGCUCUUCUUGCUGACUAUCGCCCUUCUGUACUGGCAAUUUGGGGAGACUCUCCAACAUUACUACAGCUACCCCAUAAACCUGAAGAUCAGUCUGCGUUCAGACAAACUGACAUUCCCCGCCAUCACACUGUGUACCCUGAAGCCCCAAAGGUACGCAGCUCUCCAGGAGGAACUCGAGGAAUUGGAUCGCCUCACCCAUCAGACCUUGAAAGACCUGUAUGGCUUUGACAAGCCCCGGGAGCAAAACCCACCCCAGUCUCGGCUUCCCCACAUCCUCCGCUUGGCCGGACACAUUCAGCAUCACCCGUUGCGACAUUUGACGCCUGACGAUCCAACCAGCCUUCAGGGAAGCGACCAGGAUGGAAGAGUGGGCUUCCUGCUGUGUAAUGAAACCAACGAGGACUGCUUCUACCAAACCUUCUCAUCUGGCAUCGAUGCUGUUCAGGAGUGGUACAGGUUCCAUUACGUCAACCUCCUGGCACGGUUACCCAGCAACCAGAUGCUGGAUGAAGACAGCGAUGCAAACUUUAUCAUUUCCUGCCGCUUUAACAAGGAACCCUGCAACAAGAGAAAUUUCACCCAUUUCCGUCAUCCCACUUAUGGGAAUUGCUACACACUCAACGACAAGUCUAAUAACACAAGAUGGACAUCUUCCAUGCCUGGGAUCCAACAUGGCCUCUCUCUCUUGCUGAGCACUGAGCGGAAGGACAUGAUACAACUGCUCCCCACUGGGUCCGGUGCUCGGGUGAUGGUGCACGACCAGAAUGAACCCGCCUUCAUGGAGGAAGGAGGUUUCGAUGUGCGCCCCGGCAUUCAAACGUCCAUCACAGUGAAAAAGAAGGUACUGGAACACCUUGGGGGUGCCUACGGUCGCUGCUCGUGGAAUGGGAGUGAUGUGCCCGUGACAAAUUUGUACCCAUCCAAAUACUCUGAACAGGCAUGUGUGAAUUCCUGUUUCCAGAGUAUCAUGGUUCAGCGUUGCGGCUGUGCCUACUUCUUCUAUCCGCUUCCCAGUGGAGCAGAGUACUGUGAUUAUGCUAAGCAUGUGGCUUGGGGUCACUGUUACUACAGGCUGCAGGCUGAGUUCAAAUCAAACAAGCUGGACUGUUUCAACAAAUGCCCAAGGGCUUGUAGGGUGACCCAAUAUUUGCUAUCAGCAGCAUAUUCCAAGUGGACAUCCAGCUCAUCCAAGGAAUGGAUCUCCCAUGUAUUGGCCCAGAAAACAGAAUACAAAACAACUCAAAGGAACAGUAUCUCCAAAGUGCACAUCUUUUUUGAUGAAUGGAGGUAUAAGUCCACCCAAGAGACUCCAGCUUUUACGGUGAAUAUGCUUGUUUCCCAAUUGGGAGCCCUCUGGGGUCUCUGGUUUGGCUCUUCUGUCCUUUCCCUAAUGGAAGUGUUGGAGUUGAUACUGGAUGGGAUUGCCGUCACAUGCAUCAUGGCCUUCAAUUUCUUUGGUUUGACGUCAGCCCCUAAAACCGCCGAUGAUGCAGUCUCCAGUUCUUGCGUGGCUGGAGAUACCGUGGCUGGAGAUACCGUGGCUGGAGAUACUGGAGAUACCGUGGCUGGAGAUACAGCCAUUCAGCCCAUACCUUGUGACCGUGGCAAGGCAGAAUGUCCAACAAAGACCUCUUCCUUAAAAACCACAAAUGAUGAUGCUCUGCUGGAACCCAAGAACAAUGAUGAGGCCACCUUUCACCUUAAGCCCUGUGGCCAUAAUGGGAUCACCACUGUGACUAGAUCUUCUGAUUCCUCUUCCUGGAGCUGUGAUUCCUACCCACCCCAACCUGGUAGCAAUUGUGAUGAUGCCUCUCAGUAUGGAAAUACUCCUGUAUUCCACUCAGGUCUCCCCAUCCCUUGCAUUAUAAAGGAUUUUGUGGACAUGGAACCCACUGGCAGAGACAGGGAUUUCGAGCUAGGACUGUAG